AUGGUGACAAGCAUUUACGACUUGGACUUUGAUGUCCUCAAUACUCUUUUCUCCGUGAUGAGGCCGAUGGAUAUCAUAAACAUGCGUAGGACCUGCAAGCUCAUGUAUCUUGCUACUCAACCCCGAAACAUCUGGCUCAAAGUGCUAGCUAAUGUCGUUGCAGAUAACAACAUUUUCAAAGGCACCUACCACAUUGAGUCCAUGACCGACGAUGAUCUUGAACGGGCAGCUGUGUUUCCAUCUAUUCUUUUAUAUCGAGCGAAAGGACCACAUGCAUUGUCUAAAGUUCCACUUUGCCAAAGGAUUCUUGAUGAUAUAUGCGAAGAAGAUGAAAUCGCGCACAAGGAUAUUAUAUUCCCGGAGGAAUCCCUGUAUCGAGACUUCGAUAACGCAGUGUUGGUUCCAGGAGGCCGCUUUCUUUUUACGAUUUCUGCCAGCGAAAUGGACGGUGAUGUAUAUGUGAAGCUAUGGGAUCUUGGCCAACCUACAAGUAAGCGAUACUCACGUAUCACCCUGGUCGCCAGGUUUGUCGGCAGGUACAAGCUCCGGAUACUCGCUACCGCUCCGACUCCUGAUGAACUGGGCAUUCGGAUUGUUGUGAAUGAAGAGACGAGAGCAGGUAACACUCUCCGAGUUUUUGAAAUCCACCCAUUUUCAAAGAAGCCCGAGUUCAAACAAAUCGCGACCAUCCAGGCGUCAAAUGCAGUCUAUUCCGGGAUCAUGUCAGGCAACCUUGUUGUGUGUUCGUCCAUUACUGCCGGCCCCCCGCCUACCCAGUCAUUUUUCCAGGGUCAUAUACUGAUAUGGGAUUAUGUCCAUAAAACGUCAGCGACACUUCAACCCGAUGGGCCACUACCGGACCAUACGUAUUUGCACGGAAACCACAUCAUAACGUUCUGUAAGAACAUACUGUCUGUGUGGAGUAUACCACCUUUACAACCAGGCGACCCAGAAUACACCUACGACAAUGGGCCAGAUUCGCCUAUUUGGUCGCAACCCUUGACGAUGUGGGGAGCGCACGAGCGGGAACAGAGCGAGAAACACAAUUCAAUGGAAAAUCAUUCCCUCGGCUGGUUAACAGGCCCCGAUUCUCCCCGCUAUCUGGUCUGUCGUGGCUACGAAUCCGACGUUGACUUUGACCACCUUGCCAUCUUCCGACUGGAUGCGAGCUGGAACCCUGCGGACCCUUUAUCUGCGCCAUGCAUUCUCGCACAGUUAGACAGACGCACAAUAGGCACGAACUCGAUGGAUAUAAUUCUUAGCUGGUCUUUUACAACCCAAGCCUGCCAGGAGAACGUGGUCUUCAUGUCAUCCACCUUCGGUCACGAUGAUAAAUUUUCCCUCUCGUAUAUACCAUGGUUUGCGUCUGGCAGUACAAAUCCUGCCCAUACCAUCCAGUCGGACGCAUGUGUACUUCAGAAAGGCAAGGAGGGUUGCAAGAGUCUGCAGUUCUGUCCUGUAUCGGGACGUGGGUUUAGCAUUUCGACUCAUACAGGAGAGCUUCGAAUACUGGAACUUUCGGUGUAG